AUGACGCGCACAUCGAUCGCCAUCUUGGCGCGCAUCGACGAGCUUAUCCUCGACCUGGUGCGUCAACUCGCUGCUCAGGCUACUAGCUUGCACUCGUGUCCCGCCGAUGGACGCUCUGACCAAGAAGAGAAACGCCAGACAAAGCGUCCCAAAAAGACGCAAUUAAGACUGUGUACCUUUGCAGCACCAACAAGGAUCGACACGAAGACAGAAUAUCCAAGUCAAGCUGAGAAUCAAGCCGUCUACGACGAUCGAGGCCAGAGCAACAUCAGCUUUCCCACAAAAGGCGUGGUGGGGAUGCGAAGAUUCGAUCUGUUCCCGUCGCAGCAGGCAUCGAACAGGAUCAUCGAUCAGGUCGUCACGCUGCUCGGAUGUCGGGAUCGACUCGAGUUGGGGAUCGUUGCUAGUCCACGAGGGAUAAUUUCGGGAUCCUUGAGGCUGAUACCGCCGUUUGCUAGUCCCGAGCAAGUGGUUGAAUGCAAGCUGCGUCAGACGACGAUCAUCCCAACUGAGAUUAGCAUCGAUACUGGAUGGGCGAUCGAGAUGCACUGCAGCGGUCGAGAAGCCAACGUUGAGCAUCUGGUCAUCGUGGUGGAAAAAGAAGCCGUGUUCAAAGCGUUGCUUCAACAUGGACCUUCGCCAGAACACGAAAACUGUCGAGGUAUACAGUGGAACAAUGUGAUACUGUUGACAGCCAAAGGAUAUCCCGACCACGCCACGAGGUCGCUCGUUCAACUUCUAGACCAACACACGUGUUGGCGCUGUCGUGGAGCAGUCAAGAUGGUGGGGCUAUUCGACGCGGAUCCGUACGGUGUGGAUAUACAUCGGCAGUUUCAGCUGCACACGCCGGUGCGUGGGAUCGAGUGGCUGGGUGUGGAUCUGGCCGACUUCCUCCCCACCUCUGCAGCCGAAUCCGAGGAAUCAAGCAGUGUAGCUACAGCCGCGCUAGUUCCGUUGAGGAACGACGAGCGCCUCAUAGCUGCACGUCUGCUGCGUGGAUCAGGCGACUCGAAAGCAGAUCUAGAGUCGCGCGCCAGGUUGACAGGGAUGCUUUUGUCAGGCUACAAGGUAGAGAUCGAAGCUGCGUACGGAUUCAGCUCAGCUAAACCCCUUGGUGAAGCUGUCAACAGAAGCGGCUUGGUUGGGUACAUCGAAAACAAGCUUCAGUUGCGAGCAGAAUGA